UCGGCAACGACUUGGACGGACCGCGAUCGAAGCAGCACGAUGAGCGAACUCACUGCGGGCAACGCCGAAGAAGAGCACUACUAUGGCAUGAGUAACCAGUACCAGCUCUCGUUCUUCUUCUCGCUCUUCCUCAUUGUCCUCAUGACGUCGAUCGUCGUGAGCAACUACUGUGCUCAUCACCUCCACUGGCACUUUCUCCCCGAAGCAGGAGCGACGAUCCUCGUCGGUGCAUUGGGCGGUGUGUUGUGUUACGUGUACAACAACAGCAUCACGCACUCGCUCAUGAUUUUUGAUCCAAACACAUUCUUCAUUGCGUUGCUUCCUCCGAUCAUCUUCAACUCGGGGUACACCAUGAAGCGCCGGUACUUUUUUGACAACAUCGUGCCCAUCGUCACAUACGCCGUGGCGGGCACAACCAUCUCGAGCGUCACGGUCGGGUUAAUCAUGUACGCCGUCGGGCAGCUCGCGUUCAGCAUCAAGUUGUCGCUCGCUGAGGCGUUGUCGUUCGGUGCACUCAUCAGUGCCACGGACACUGUGUCGGUGCUCGCGAUCUUCCAAGAACUGCGUGUCGAUCCCAAGUUGUUUUACCUCGUCUUUGGGGAGAGUUCGCUGAACGACGCGGUCGCGAUCGUGCUGUUCGGGACGUUUUCCAAGUUUAUCGGGAACGUGUACUCGUCCGCGUACUUGCCGAUUGCGAUAUUGGACUUUAUCUUGAUCUUCGUCGGGUCGACGUUGAUCGGAAUUCUCUUUGGCGUGCUCUCGGCUCUCCUCUUCAAGCACUUUGACUUCAAGGGGUGUUUGUACCACGAAAUGGGCGUCUACAUGAUGUUUGCGUACCUGCCAUUCCUCAUCGCGGCAAUCUUCGACCUGUCCGGUGUCGUCGCGAUCUUGUUUACAGGCGUGACGAUGAAGCACUACACGAGCAACAACUUAAGCGACGAGGGCAAGGAAAUGUGUGGCCGCAUGUUCAAUGCGAUUUCGUAUGUGUCGGAAACCACCAUCUUCCUCAAUUUGGGGCUCGCUGUGUUUGCACUGCAAGUGGGCUACCACGUCAAGUUUAUCGUUUGGGCGCUCGUGGCGUGCUUGGCCGGGCGUGCGGCGUUUGUGUUUCCGCUGUCGUACUUGAUCAAUUUUCGCCGCGACGAAGAGCGCAAGGUGCCCAAGAACCAGCAGGUCAUGAUCUGGUUCAGCGGGUUCCGCGGCGCGCUGUGCUUUGCCCUGGCGUUGGAGUGGCCCAACGACAAGCGAAGUCAAGUGAUCGCGACCACGAUGGUCGUCGUGCUUGCGACGCUCUUUGUCGGCGGGGGUCUCACCGUUCCCAUGCUCAAGUACUUGAAGAUCAAGCAGCUAACGCCUGCAGAAGAAAUCGAACUCGACCAGAACGUGGUUCCGAUCAAACGGAUGAAAGCGCUCCAGUUCGACGCCAAGUACUGGGUUCCCUUCUUCACGCACAUGCAUCCCGACACAGGGUCGUUCCACGGCGCCGACCCGAUCCAAGACUCGGAAGAAGACACGUCCAAGGAUGCAUUGCGCCCCGAGUACGACGACAGCGACGACGGCGACUUUGCCACGAUCAACGUCUCGAAUUCGUCGGUGCAGCAUUGACGAAAGACCCCAGUCGGAAGAGCUCGUCCGCCGUCAAUAUUACGAUUGUUC